AUGCAAGCAAACCCUUCUGAAUUGGAGUUUUUCAAUCCUAUUGAGUGGCAAGCGGAAUUUAAUAAGGCCAAGCAAACUAAAAGCAAACUUGAGCAAUUAAUCGAGUCGGUGGAGCAAGGGUUGGUUGAUGACUCCGUGAAACAAGCAUCAACCAUGUCAUCCAUUCCUCCAUCAAUUGACUCUGAUCUACGGCUUCUUUUCUCUAAAUUUCUCGAGUCGCAAACUUCUACAAAUAUUCAAGUCUCCAAUCAGCUUAAUCAAGCUCUAGCAACCAAUGAAAUAAUUUCACAGCUCUCGUCUCUUGUCCAAAAUCUCAGUCAACAUUCGCCCUCUAAUGUAUCAGCUCCUCGCCUGCAAUCAAUUUCCAUUCCCAUAUUCUCGGGAGACAUAUGCUCUUGGACUACCUUUAAAGAUUUGUUCACAAGUCUUGUUCACAAUGAACCUAAAUUGACCAAGGUACAAAAGAUGCAUUAUUUAGUAUCUUCCCUAUCGGGAGAAGCCAUUAAAAAUGUUGAAAACAUCAUAAUUUCUGAAGAUAAUUAUGACCCAACUUGGCAAUCACUCCUCAAGCGCUAUGGGGAUUCAUACAGCAUUGUCAAUGCUAACAUUCAACGACUCCUAUCAAUUCCAUCAAUUCUCACUGAGUCCCAUGAAUCUCUGAGCCAUAUGCAUGCCACUAUGAACUCAGUGCUGAGAUCUUUAAAAUCAUUUUCGCUCACGGGUGGUGAGCAUUGGGUCAUCUUCAUUCUCAAAGAUAAGUUGGAUCCGGAGUCACGGAGAUUAUGGGCACGACAGUGCAAAGGAAAAAUUCCAAGCUUCGAUGACUUUACUGAAUUUCUCAUUGAUAGGAUUAGAGAACUUGAAACUUGCACCCAAUCUACCUCGAAUUCUAAACCAAAUAAUCCCAAAUCAAACCCUCCACAAACCAAAACGUCUCUUUUGAUCGCCUCAGGUGGUUCAGGAACCUGUGUCUGUUGCCAAUUGAACACUCACAAGCUUUACCAAUGCGAUAAAUUUAAGCAACUCUCUCCAUUUGAUAGACUAACUAUAGUUCGGGAUAAUGGUCUUUGCAGAAAUUGCAUUACUCAAACACAUCUUACCAAGGAUUGCCCAGCACGAGGCUGUUUUAAGUGCAACUCAAAGCACAAUUCUCUAUUACACGACUCAUUUGCCCUUGUAUCACAACCAGGGAAUUCCUUUGUCACCUCACAGAAUUCAAAUUCCACGUCAGCUACCAACCUAACACAAGUCACUCAAAGUCACAUUUCGACUGAAUCGUCUUCCACCUCUGAUUCGGCACAAGAUGCAUCCAAAUCCGAAAACAAUUCUUCAUCAGAUACUGUUACCCUCACAUCAAUUUCACCACAUGAAAAUCCCAAAAUAUUUUUGGGUACAGUAAUAGUUAAAAUUCUUGAUUCAAAUGGAGAGGAACACCUAUGCAGAGCAGUGGUAGAUAAUUGCUCCCAAUCAAAUCUUAUUACCGCCUCCUUAAGCCAAAAAUUGAAAUUACCUAAAUUUUCCUCAAAAUUUGAGAUCGGUGGAGUGACGGAUCGACGCACUAUCGGAAAUUACAAGACCCAAAUUUGCAUUGCACCUCGUUUUGGUGGAGAUUUUCACGAAAUGUGCUGCAAGAUUGUUCCCAAAAUUACUGGAAAUCUCCCUAAUUGGAUUGUCAGUCCUAAGGAGAUACCACUUCCAACUAACUUACCACUUGCUGAUCCCUCGUGGCACGUCCAACAACCUAUCGAUUUAUUAAUAGGUGCCGGAGUUUUCGCAAAAAUUGAGAAGGAUAAGUCCUAUCAUUUGGGACCGGAUUUCCCGAAACUAAAGUCCUCAUCCUUUGGAUGGAUUCUCAUGGGAGAACACAAAACAGCAUCGUCUGCUGUUACUGAAGAUUAUUCAAUAUGUAAUAUUACAACGCUAUCCUCCAUCGAUAAGACAUUGCGGAAAUUCUGGGAGAUGGAAACAAUUCCUAACCAAGUACCCUUAUCCACCGAGCAGCAGGAAGUCGAAGACCUAUAUCGUAUUUCCACCACACGGAAUAUAGACGGGCGUUUUGUUGUCCAUCUCCCCUUUCGGAAUAAUCUCCAUCGACUUGCGGACAACAAAACCAAUGCAAUUUCUCAAUUCUUGCGUCUUGAGCGCAAACUUGAUAAGGAUCCCUUACUCAAGAAGCAAUAUUCUGACAAUAUUUCUGAAUACUUGGAAUUGGGGUUUCUCGAAUCCGUGCCUGUACAUGAGUUGCAUAAUAAAUCACAUUAUCUUCCGCACCAUGGUGUUGUAAAGGAAUCCUCUAUUUCAACGAAACUCCGCGUUGUAUAUAAUGCAAGUUCAAAAUCAUCUUCCGGCCUCAGUCUUAAUGACACAUUGAAAGUCGGUCCAAUAGUGCAACCAGACUUAAUUAGCAUCUUGCUCCGUUUCCGUAUGGGGAAAUUUGCCUUUUCAUGUGACGUGUCAAAAAUGUAUCCCCAAUUUCUGCUUCACGAACCUCAUCAUAAUUAUCAAAGAAUCAUUUGGCGCUUCAACUCUGACGAAGAGUUACAACAUUUUCGUUUAAAGGGAGUGUGCUUCGGAGUCGCUUCCUCGCCAUUUUUGGCGACUCGUUCUCUGAACCAGCUGGCAUUGGAGGAAGGCGACAAGUAUCCUUAUGCAGCCAAAACCAUUCUCGAGAGUUUUUACGUGGACGAUUGUCUGGCGUCAUUCUCGUCGCUUGCUGAAGCCUAUUCCACCCAGGAUGAAUUAAUUAAGGUCAUGAAAACUGCCGGUCUUACCCUGGCAAAAUGGAAUUCCAAUUGCACUGAACUAACUCCUGACUCUAACUCGCUAAACCAGUCAUUCAACUCAGUUCCUCUCCCCGAUCUUCAUACUAAGGCUCUUGAUCCUCAGGCUCUCACACCUGGCCAUUUCCUUGUUGGCCGCCCUUUGAUGGAUUUGCCUUCACCUUGUCACCUUCAUCUAGCAUCUGGUCGCUUGGACUCCUGGCAACAUUGUCAGAAAAUAGUUGAAUCUUUUGCAAAGAUGUGGAAACGUGACUAUCUCACAGCACUUCAAAAGAGGAAUAAGUGGUUUGCUGAAUCUCCUAAUCUCAAGAUAGGAGAUAUCGUCACAAUAUACGAAGACAACGCCCCGCCCCUUUCAUGGCCACUUGGAAGGAUUAUUGAAACUCAUCCGGGACAGGACGGAAGAGUCAGAGUGGUCACUGUGCAAACUCCGAGAGGCGUUUAUAAGCGUUCCAUUCACAAACUCUCCAAAUUGCCUGAGGAAGGAUUAUCACCUUCGUCCUAA